UUAAAGAUGUGUAAACGUCAACCGAUAUAAGUAGGAGAUAAAAAUUGAUAAAUUAGAAGAAAUCGUUCUAUUUUAAAAGCGAACUUUAAUUAAGGAAUUUUAAAGGGAAAUCAGUUGCAGCACUUGUAUACCCUUUAUCAAAUUCCAAAUUGGCAGCAAACAUAGAUUAAUGUUAUCAAUAAAACAUCAGAUGUUCAUUACACAGAUGUCUCUUUGCUAUUGGUCCAAAUAUUUGAUAAGAUUUUAAACCGGAUAACAUCAAUUGAAUAAUUAAAGGCAAUUGCAAAAGUUAGUGAUAAAGUAUUCGUCAAAGUGGCACUUAAAAUUGAAACAUGUCUCUUGAUAUUAUUUCUCCAAACUUUACUGAAGCACAUUUAAAUGAAAUAAUUAAGAAAAAGGGAGGAUUAAGGCAUACAUCAUGGGCUUUUGAAGGUGCUGCCGGUAAGAAAGGUGAUGGCUAUCUGAGUGAAGUUUAUAAACUCAUUCUUAAGGGUGUAGACGAAAAAGACGAGGAGUUUGAUGUUCAUUUGGUAAUAAAAACUACACCAAAAUCUAAAGGAAGGAGAAAGACUUUCAGAUCGUCUGAUUUUUUCCGCAAUGAAAUUAAUUUCUACAACAUCAUACUGAAGGAAUUUGAUGAGUUUCAAGAAAAAAAGACACAAGCAAAAAAUCCUUUUAAAGAGAUUGCAACAUGUCUUGCUUUUCAUCUUGAUGGAGAAAACGAUUUAUUGGUAUUAGAAAACCUUAAUAAUUAUGGAUAUCAUACGAGAUCCAGACAAGAAUCUAUGAACAUCAAUUUGUGUCGUUUAAUUAUGCGAACUCUUGGUCGUUUCCAUGGACUUUCUUUUGUCAUCAGAGAUCAAAAUCCUAAACUAUUUGAAACAAUUUCUGAAGUUUUGGAAGAAACUUAUUAUGCUUAUCGUUUGAAACCUUGGUAUAAUGAUUUUAUCAACAUGCAAAUUGAAGUAGCUCUUGAUGCCGUGAAGAAAAUUUACGGUGGGACAAUAAUUGAAAAGCGUGCGAAAAAAUUUCUCAAUGAUGGUUCACUUUACGAUAAAAUGGUGGAAUUAACCCAUACAAGAAACUGUUAUAGUGUGAUUGGUCACGGUGACUGCUGGACUCCUAACUUUUUAAUUCAUUCUACAAAACAUGAAGGUCAAGAAACUCCUGUCAAAGCUAAAAUGAUUGACUUUCAAUUAGCCCGAUUUGCAUCGCCAGUUAUCGACAUUUCAUUCUUCAUCUAUUCCUGUACAACUGAAGAAUUGCGGGUUCAAUAUUACGACGAUUUAAUAAAAAAACUACCAUUCAAGCUUAAUGAGCUGAAAACAUUCUUUCGUUUUGGUGUUGGCAUGGGAAUUGAAUCAAUUCCUUUCUCUACAAUGGAAGACAAUGAAACAGCUGAUAUGGAUCAGAUUAUAGGAGACGACGCAGUUCCAAUAACAAAUAUUUGGAUUUUAAAAGAGAUGGAAAAUAUGCAAGAUCAACAUCGUUUGGCAGAUAUCUUCAAACAUGCAUCAGAUUGUGGAUAUUUAGACUAAAUCGUAAAAACGUGUUCCUUUGAUUACCAAAACAGUUAUAAGAUACAUAACUAAAAUGAAAGAUUGCAGUUUGUUAUUCCUUUCGAUUCUUUGCAUUGGACAAUUAUCGAAUUUCACUGAUAAAACAAAUUCAACUUUACAUUUAAUUUAAUUUUAUUAAAUUUUCUAUACUUGAUAUAGCAUCAAUUUGAUAGUACUAAUUUUCAUUUAAAUAAAUAAAGAAUUAACAUAUGUGAUGAACACUUAAAUUUCUAUUUUUAUUUAUAUUGAUUUAUGAAGGCAUUGAGCCCGUAAUUAUCAACAGUCUUAAAUUCUCUGAUUAAUUCAUCGUCCCAUGUUCGGCAUUGAUCGUGAAACAAAGCCAAGUCAUCGGGAAAAUUAAAUUUAAUUUCAAUAGUAGUCGAUGAAGAUUUAUAGUUAAUAAAAAAUGUCCAAGGAUGUGUCCAUUUAAUUUUCCGAAACAUUCUUGGAAUCAUUGGGGAGUUACAACCAAUAGAAAUUUGAUGGAGUUUUGAAAUGUUUGCUAUCUUCAAGAAUGUUGUUCCUCGAGAAAAGUCGUCAUCAUUGAUGAAGCCGAUGGAGAUUUUUUUUCAGAGUAUUUGAGUGAAUUUCAAUGAAUCUAUUGAACUCGAAAUUAAUUUUUUGAACAUGAAUUUCGGUCAAAUUUGGAGGAAAAUGUGAAGAACUAGGUAACAGUAAAUAAAUCGUCGAUGUUUGUAGGUCGAGUUUCUUGAAAGCUUUCGUGACUGUGUAAGAAACAGCGACAACUUUUAUCAAUUUGUGUAUCUUUAAAGCACACUUUUGUGACAGAAGGGAAUAAAAUUGUGAAAAGUUGUUGGGCUUGAGGUAAUUUCAAAUAUCCUAUCAAUUUCAAUCGCUUGAGUUUGCUUGAAAACUCGACUUUGCUUUCAGAAACACAUUGAAAAUUACAUGAAAUUGUUAAUCUUUCCAAUUGUGAAAAAUUUUUAGCAAGUAAUAAUAAGUUUUGGGCUUUUAACUUGCAAAUAAAACUCAAAUUUAUCAAUUUUUCUUGAUGAAGAAGAAGGAACGUCAUUAAAUUCGAAUCUGAUUCGAUUUUCCCAAUCUCAAAUGUUUUCAACUUAAAAGGCAAAUUCAAGAAAGCUUUAUUUUGUAUUAAAUCGUCUGAAUUGUUUUCCAAGAUCUUCAAAGUUUCAAGAGAUUGCUGAUUUUUAAUUAAGUUAACUAGAUCCGUGAAAUUUUCGUUUCCAAUUCCAUAUCUGUAGAUGAACACUUUCAGAGAAUUUGUCGAAAUUAAAUUUAUAAUUUGUUUAUCUGACUGAUGAAUGUCUAAGGACUCAAGACACUUUACUUAAGUAAACAAUGCCAACAGAAGCAUUCCUUGUUGAUUCAUUUAAUUUAACUCCAAAUAAUUUCAAACUUUCUAGUUUAGUUAAUGGUUUCAAUGCUGCACUCAGCUCACAUUUCUCAAGUUUACAUUCAGUGAACAUUAAUGAACGAAUAUUAUGAAUAGUUAAAAUGUCGAAAGUUUCCUUCUUCAAAUUGUCGAUAUGGAAAGAUUCAAUCUUUCUUGUUAAGUUUGGAAUUUUAUUAAGAUUUCCACGACUCGAUGUGAUGUUUAACAAAUAAUGCUUCAUUAGUUUUGGAGAAUUUGAAAUUAUCUGAUUCCAUCGACGUGAUACUAAUGUUGUGAUUUUCAGAAGUUUCGGACUGAGGAAACUAAAUAUUGUUAUAAGAAUUUCUUCCGGUAAGUUUUCCAUUAAAUUUCUGCUGUCAAGAAGUAAUUCUGAAGUAUUCGUCGUUAUUA